UCUACUCAUACUACGCUCCUCCGCUACGUUUGCUUCCUUCUACAAAGCGUAAAACGAAAAGCAACAAGUGAUUUCGAUUGUACACCCUCUCUCCGAUCCAAUCGAUUCCGAUGAUGAGUUCCGAACCGUCAGAUAACGACUCAGAGCCGUUCGUGGAAUCAGAUCCCACCGGUAGAUACGGCCGUUACGACGAGCUCCUAGGCUCAGGCGCCGUGAAAAAAGUCUACAGAGCAUUUGACCAAGAAGAAGGCAUUGAAGUCGCGUGGAACCAAGUCAAGCUGAGAUGCUUCUCCGACGACAAAGCCAUGCUCGAGAGGCUCUACUCAGAGGUGAGGCUGCUCAAGAGCCUCGAGAACAGUAACAUCAUCGCCUUGUACAAGGUCUGGAGAGACGAGAGGAGCAACAUCUUGAACUUCAUCACAGAGAUUUGCACCUCCGGGAACUUGAGAGAGUAUAGGAAGAAGCAUAGACACGUGUCCAUGAGAGCUAUGAAGAAGUGGUCGAAACAGAUACUUAAAGGAUUGGAUUAUCUCCACACGCAUGAGCCGUGUAUCAUCCACAGAGAUCUUAAUUGUAGUAAUGUUUUCGUUAAUGGGAACAUUGGUCAGGUCAAGAUUGGUGAUCUUGGUUUAGCUGCGGUCGUGGCGGAGGAUCAUGUAGCUCACUCGGUUCUCGGGACACCGGAGUUUAUGGCUCCUGAGCUCUACGAGGAGACGUACACGGAGAUGGUUGACAUUUACUCGUAUGGGAUGUGUGUUUUGGAGCUUGUGUCGCUUGAGAUUCCGUAUAGUGAAUGCGAUAGCAUCGCGAAGAUUUACAAAAGGGUGAGUAGUGGAGUUAGACCAGAGGCUCUGAAUAAAGUGAAGGAUGUAGAAGCUAAGGCCUUUAUUGAGAAGUGUAUUGGGCAACCCAAGGCGAGGCCUUCUGCUGCUGAGCUUCUUCGUGACCCGUUCUUUGAUGGGAUAGUAGAUGAUGAUGAAGAAGUAGGAAACAAUUGACAUUAGUGGAAGUGGUCGUGUUGUUUCUUGAUGAUGUAAUGGAUGCAUACAGUGACCUGUGUCCUAUUGGUUUGAGUAUAUUUUUUUACAUUUUGAGAUGCGUUGUUUCGUUCUUUUUUUUUUCUUAUUAGUUUGUACAUAAACUCCUAAUUCGAGAUGGAUAUUAUACACAGCUUGUUCCUUUUAGUUCAUAACUGAUUUCAAAC